AUGACGCUCUUCGGCAGCGGGGACGCGGGCUGGAGAUAUUUGGACAUGGCCAGGGAACCCAAGCCAAGCCGGGCCAGGCUAGGCCAGAAGCGGCAGCACGGCAGCAGCCUGUACCACAGUAACUGUGACCUGGACUAUGAUCUCUACAGGGACGACUUUCCGUACCGAGUGUACGAGUACCAGAAGAUCCCCCCCCUCAUUAACCGCAUCCCAGUCAAGGCCAGACGAACUCAUGUGGGAGCAGGAGGCAAAAGCAGCCUGAGCCCCCAGCCUGGGGCAAGGAGCAGCACCAGCUCCACAGCAGGACGGACAAAAUUGCGGGCCGAAGAGCUGCACUCCAUCAAAGGAGAGCUGAGCCAGAUCAAGGCGCAGGUGGACAGUCUGCUGGAGAGCCUGGACCGCAUGGACCAGCGGAGAGAGCGUCUCGCAGGGUCCAAGGAGAGCGAAAAGAAGAGGGUAGAGACAGGGGCAGAGUCACCAUCCCCAGCAGGAGAGGGGUCACGGGAGCCCCGGGGGAAGGAGGGGAUGGGAGCUGAUGGGCACAGUGACCUGCGCAACAUUGACAGCGCCGAGGAGAGCACAGACACGGAGGAGGCGGUGAAAAACCACAUGUCGGACCCCGAGGGGAGCCAGUAG